UCAAUUAGAACCGAAUCGGUGCAAACAACAAACUGCUUACGAAUAGUACCGUAGCGCUAGAAGCGUUAGCUGAUUGGUUUGUAGUGUUUGGUUUGCAAUGACGAUAUUAUUUCCACGACGCGCUGCUUGAGAAAAUACGUGAACGGCGAAGGAUACCUGCUCGGAACAACAACACACUUUCUGCUGCCACCCGUAUUGCUCAAGCGCCCUGUGCCAUUGCACGGUAGGAUGGAGGACGGCUUGUGGUUGAUUGAGCUCGAAUCGGCGCUACAGGAUGAUUGCACGGUGGACGACAUUUACGCAAUAUGCCAUGGCAAGGCACUGCCCGAAGCGUUGCGGCUCGAUGUGUGGCAAGUGUGCCUGGGAGUGCGCAACAAAACGGACCAGCUGGCACAGUUCAGCGAGAUCUACGAUUUACCCUUCCAGGCACAGUUACGUUCGGAUUGUGAGGAGUUUGUCAGCAAGCUUGGCAAUGAGGAUGAGGACAAAGUGUCGGUAGUGUGCGAUCUCGAAUCGAUACUUACGUUUUACUGCAAAAACCGCAACCUUCUGUACGAGGCAAACAAUGGCUGGGUGGAGUUGAUGUUGCCGCUGCUAUCCUUGAAGCUGAUCCGUUCCGACACGUACAACCUGUUUGAAGCGAUCCGCGAUACGUACAUUCCAAAGGGCUGCGCCAAGAACGGCACGGUGUUUAAUGUGUUUCGUCUGUUGCUGCUUUACCACGACCCGGAGCUCUGUACCAUCCUGGACACGAAGCGCAUUACGCCGGAUUGUUAUGCGAUGGGAUGGUUCCAGACGCUGUUCGCUUCCACCUGCACGCUGCCGGUCGUACUUUCAAUGUGGGACCUGUACUUCCAGCAGUCGGAUCCAUUCCUCGUGUUCUUCCUCAGCUUGAUCGUGCUGAUCAAUCAGCGCGAUCAAAUACUGACGAUGAAAUCAUCCUCAAAGGAGGAACUCGUCAGCUUUCUAGUCAACAUGCCCUGCAAUAUCGAGGCGGACGAUGUGCUCGAUUUCUGUUCGCUCGCCCAGUAUUACUCCGUAAAAACGCCGGCCUCCUUCAAGCGGGAUUUGCUGCAGGUGCUGUUUGGUGCACAGCGAGGAACCAGCAAACCAGAGGGUUCGGUCGUCUCACAAGCUCUCUGUUUGCCAGUGUCGGUAAAUGAGCUGAUCGAGAACGCUUCGAUACAGAAUCCCCAUCCGGAAGCGGUACGAUUCUUCCUGGUGGAUUGCCGUCCGGCGGAACAGUACAAUUCGGGUCAUCUUUCCACAGCGUUCCAUCUGGACAGUAAUCUAAUGCUGCAGGAACCGGAAGCAUUCCAAACGGCGGUGCAAGGAUUACUUCGCUCGCAGCGCAAUGCCAUCGAUGCCAAUUCCAAUGCCGGUGGAGAGCAUCUGUGCUUUCUUGGGUCCGGUCGGCUGGAGGAGGAUCAGUACACACACAUGGUGGUGGCUUCAUUUUUGCAGAAAAAUACCAAAUACGUGUCGCUGCUGACGGGUGGAUACGAAGCGAUACAUGAAUAUUUCGGUGAGAGCAUGGUAGAUUGUCUGGAGGAUCACGAUCCGCUGAAGUGCUUAUUGUGCAACAAGGAGCAGCUUCGGUAUGGAGGUAAAGGAGGCGCAAAUAACAACAACCAGAAAGUCCUAAACAGUGGUGCCAACAGUGCUAGCAGCAGUGCAACGAACAGUCUCAAACGAGGCAAUCAACGAACGGGUCAGACGGCCAACAAUAAUGGCACCGCUGGCGAUCGAAAAUCAACGAUUGAUCUGUUCAGCAAACUAUCGCUAGCGAUGAAAACCAAAUCGGCCGAAGUGAAGGAAAAGCUUAUUGAUUACAUUUCCAACCCCAGUGCAACCGAGCCGGGAUCGAGCCGAACCGGUAACGGUGGCGAGAAGCACGUUUCACGGAACGAUCGUAACGGUAAGCGGUACCGAAACGUGCCACCGGUGUUCAGCAUCGGCGAAGAUCAUGAAGAGGACGAUGAGUUAAACUCAGCCGCUAGUGAAUCAUCGUCGGUGGCGCGUGGAACUAAAACAAACUCUCAGCAGCAAUCCGAUCCGAGGGAGGAGAUCGUUUCGAUACAGGGCUUCUUGAAGGGUCCGGAUGUGAUACGACACUUCAAGUGCCAGGAGGUCCACCUGAACGGGUACAUGUACGACAGCUAUCUGUUGGUGACGGCGACCCACAUGAUCGUGCUGCGAGAGCUGGAAACACGUCGCGAUCGGGCUCGCAUAAUCGUGCGACGGUUGCUGCAAAGUAUCGUCAAAAUUACGGCUAAAAAACGACAUCGGGAUCUGAUCACGUUCAAAUACGGCUACCCGGAGGAGGAGAACCUUGUCAUCACGGACAUGGAUCGGUUUCUGAUACCUAACGCGAGCGAAGUGACCGAUUUGAUAUCGCGACACAUUAUAAAGCAGACGUGAACAUAAACGCGAGGGCUUCUGGACAGUAGUGUGUCCCCUUCGAAUAGGUUCUGCGUUUUGUUACCCCGCCCACUACCCAGAUAGCCAUCAUCUCAGAGUACUGUAGCCAAGAAGUCAUCUAACCUUAUCGUUGUUAAAUUCGUUGAUUUUUGUUUUGUUUUACUUUUUGAUCGUAUUUUGCUCCUUAUACACGCACGAAUAGUGAUGCUUAUAUAUUUUAUUAUACUUACGUAUUCUAAGUCCGCCGUCAUGUCGUGCACCAAUGUCCGUUACUUACCGUGCGUAGAAGAUUCGACCGUGCUGUUGUAGCAUACUGUGUAGAUGCACACAUAAGGCAUACUGCCUGGCGAAGUUUUAAAUUGGUUUCCUUAUAAUCAACCCCCUGGAGGAGUAUUAUUUAUAAGAACAGUGAACUGAAUCCGAGAUUUCUAAUGGUUCCCGUAGUAGUGAGAUGUGAGCAAAUGGAGGAGCAAAAGCUUUGUGUAUAGAAAUAAACCGUAAACCAAAAGUUUUCCUUCCCCCGUCAUGCAGGUAGCAAGCAGU